GUUGAGCGCGCACACAAGUUACUGUAAAGCUCGCUAAACUAAAGUAGAAUGUGACACCUUGAUACGUUUGAAUGCGAAGGCUAUAGAUCUUCACUCACCAGCUCCAAUACCCAUACUUUUCAGUCAAGGCGUAUACCAAGCUUGUGAAACAUACAAUCGCAUCCACGAUGACCCCUCCCAGUGACGCCGUCUACCGCUCGUGGAGCCCCCGAUCAAUGGCUUUUCAAUCCCCUGAUCUAUGCACUCACCUUCACAAAUGCCACGCUGCAAAGUUACGCGAUCUUGUCAGCUGUUUCACUCAUUCUGGUUAUGCCGAAGGAGUUUCGCCUCGGCUGGGUCGGAGAAAUUCCAGGACCCAGGUGCUCAGUGCGAGUGUUGGAUGGCAUAUCCAGGCGGGGGUUUCUACAGUUCUGCGCCUUGUGUGCGACAUGUUGGCGAAACGUGAGCAAGAUGGUGAUGGAAUAGUGUCGGUCGAAUGUUUCUGAGCAAGCUGAAAUAAGCAAUGGUGAGGAGAUCAUAGAGAGAGGGCGGAUGUGGAGGCGAACGUUUGGGGUCAUUGUCAAAAGAGAUGCGAUAGCCCUACCAUUCCUUAUGAAGCUCAAGGGUAAAAGCUGCUACAUAUAAUUUCUGCUCUUGUCUGGGCAUAAUAGGACGAUCGAUCAGUACAUAAACAUGAAGCGCCAGAAACUAUUCUCUUCUGCCGAAGUUUUCUCAAGUUCAAAGAACAAGAUCUUGUGUUUUACCUGAAACUAUACUAGACUUGCCUUUACUGGUAUCAAUUACAACACGGAGUACGUGGUUCUCACAAAAAAAAUACUGCAAUUGUAAGAGCUCUUGAUGACCCAACUGUCACCAUUGACGAAGUGACUCUAGCGGUCUCGCUUUCUAACCUAACCUAACCCUAGGCCAAUGUUAACCUAACUCUCAACCAGAGUUUCUUCACGGAUCGAUAGGGUACUAACAGCUUUGCUUCUCUUCAGUAAUGUUUUGUAUUGUUCAUUUCUUAUCAUGAAAUAGUCGUCAAUAUGUGUAGUUAGUAAUCUUAAGAGGAGACGGGGAAUUUUCGCAACUAGGACUGUACUCUGGAGCUCUUUUGAAUGCAACACCUACUCAGCUGCCAACAUCUUCGACGUCUCAUUGCACCCUCAAAUGAGCAUGACGAGGUCCGUGGAGGUGCUCUCCCCUAACUUCCCAGUUGUACUUCUCCAGUUGCAAUCCGUCAUGUCAUACCAGAUCCAUAUUUGGCUGCGUGCGUCUUGACCCUGCUUUUAGAUCCAGGGACUCCUUGUGCACAUCCCACAAGGAUAUGGAUCGGGAUUUAAAUGGGAUGAGUAAAGCUACAUAGUUACAAACUAUCAACGGUUGAUUACCUUCUCCUACAUCCGUUGGCCUUGAAACUGCUGUAAAUAAGCUCUGAAUUCUAUCUUUCUUCAGUUAGGGCAAAAUUGUAUGUUGCUUAUUUCUUUAGGUCUUGCCAAUUUUAAUGCCCUUGAGGUUUAGUGGCUUUCUCUGGUGGUGGUGUUCAGGCAGGUUAAAUACCAGAAGGUAUUCGUGAUAAAGCUAGUUAGCUCGGAACAAGACAAAAACUUCGCAAUAAUGGAUGUGCGUUUCCUCUCUUAAAUUUUCUGGAAUGAUCGUACUAAAAUUCUUAGUAUGCGUACUACAUAUAUUUUGGAAUUUAUAGGAAAUUUAUGUUUUGUCUGCCAUUGAUGUCGCUAGGUUGUGUGGAUGCUUUAAUGGAGCUUUCUCCGUCCUGUUAUAAUUUGGUCCAAUCUGCUGAGAUGAGAGUUGGGCAGAGAUGUGUCGCAUACCAUGUGGUCGACUACACUCUGAAAGCUGGCGUUAUGAGUGGACUGGACCGCGACAUUUACAUUGACUGGUGUAGUUAUCGAGGGUGGCAAUCCAAACAUUGCCAAAAAGAAAUUGAUCAUGCAAAUUAUUUUCCAAGGACUUCAAACAGUUGUUUUCUGUGAGAUUUUUUACUCAUGAUUUGUGAGACUGCGUGUGAUCAUGCAGUGGAGGUGUUUUCCCUUGAACUCGAAAGGAAUCAUCAUCAGCAUUAACACCGCAAUCUUCACGCACACAUAGGUGUCACUUGUUUCUUCUUUGUGAAAGAACCCAUUUUGCUUCAUUGUUUAAUGCUGUUAUCUGACCACCUACGAGAGAGUGAGGAUGCUAACAGUGAGCGUUUCCCUCCUUUCUUUUAUUCCAUGGAAUUGUAUGGGCUUAUCAACAGGAAUUGGAUUUCUGCCAUUCCAUUCGCGGUAGUCACCAAACUCGUCCUACACCUGCAGGGCUCAUAUAAGAACGCUCCAAAGCUGUGCGACUUUUUCCACGUUUUCCAGUUCGUUUCUAAGAAACCACCCACCAUAGACAACAGAUCUUACCUCCCAGGUCACGCAACCAGAUCAUGCACCUGAGAGGUCAUGCACAGCAGUGGCUCUAGCGUUGACAGUGGCAAGCUCCUGGACCGGUCCAUUUCCUCCAGUUGGGUUUGUUGCAACAAUCCACGAAGAAUAGGAUAACGCAUUACUGGUUUUACUGUUCUUGCAGGUUCUAAGCACAAUCUAGAGACAUCAACAAAACCAGGAGAGGAUAUAACAACUGGAGUGGACUAUCUUAGAGUAUUCAAGCUUUGCUUUUCGACGUGCUGCUUCGUCUUCAUCGUCUUCAUGGUCAUCGUCUCCAUUGUAGGAUCAGAUUCCUUCAGCGACGCUGGCUGGGUUUCCCAGUUAGAUUCGGCUGGUUCUGAUGUUGUUGGAUGUGUGAGAUUCGGGACAUGGGUUCCACGUUUCGAUGGGCCGAGGUGGGCUCAUCACCCCUCUUGCGAAAGUCCAAGUAGCCCACUUGUCUCAUGUUCAAAGCUUUCACUUGUUGAGCCUUUCUCUGCUUUUCUUUCCUUACACUCAUACAUGUAUUGUAUUAUAUUAUUUAUAUGUAUAUAUACAUACACAUACAAUAGCUCCUGGUCUUUCUUAUCAGUAGCUGGACUUUGGACCUUAACUUGGAGCGGUUGUCGCACUGGCGGCCACUUGAUGAUAGCCUCCAAAAGAAGAAAAUAAAAGCCCGUUUUUGGUGUUUCCA